CUCGGUGUGCCAACAGUGAACGGUCGAAUUAACGAUAAGCAAAGUGAACAUAUGGGAUCCAAACGGAAAUUUAAUAAAGUGUGAAUAGACCCAGUGACAUUUAAUUAUUUAAAAUAUAUCGUGUGGCAACUAUUCUUUCCAGACGACCUACUACAUUCUUCAGCUGAAUGGAAACCGUGGACGAUUAAACUAACGGCAGCGCUAUUCAAAUAUUUAUGAUCUUCUAAAGCUCACUGUUUCGAGUUCAUCCAAUUUUUUUGUGGUUUAAUUUCUGUUGUUUCUGUUCUGUUAUAACGGUACAGCGGAAAAGCAGUAGUGCCUAAACUAUACAGAACUAAUAUUCCGCGAGCAGAAACCGGUUAACUUGCCAGCAAAAAAUCGAUACUAAUUCAAGGUGAAAGUAUAAAUUAAGGGGAAAAAGAUUUACGGCAAUGUCAGAUGUCGAUAAUGUGCGAGUGGCGGUACGCAUACGUCCUAUUGUGUCUUCAGAACGAGAGCGUGGUUGCCAAGAAGCUGUGGAGCGCGUCGGCGAUUCUGCACAGGUGAUUGUAAACCGCAGCGAUACAUUCACCUUCAAUUAUGUGUUUGAUGCACGAGACACGCAGGCAUAUAUCUAUGAUGUACUUGUGACGGGACUAUUGGACAAAUUCUUUUCCGGAUUCAAUGCCACAAUACUUGCCUAUGGUCAGACUGGUUCUGGCAAGACUCAUACUAUGGGUACAGCUUUUGACGGAGAGUUGGAUGAAAAUGCAGGCGUUAUACCACGAAUAAUAUACGAUAUCUUUGAACGCAUUGAAACAUUAGAAAGUGAAUAUGACUUCGUAGCGAAGUGUUCUUUUAUGGAGUUGUAUCAGGAGCAAUUAUAUGAUUUGUUGUCAGAUCAGCCCCGUGAACAAUCUAUUGUAGAAAUGCGCGAAAACCGUAAUGGCAUUGUUAUGCCGGGACUAACCGAAACCCAAGUGUCAUCAGUUCGAGAAACAACAGACUGUCUUUUGCGUGGCUCAUCAGGCCGCGCUGUUGCGGCUACUGCAAUGAACGAGCAGUCAUCGCGCUCACAUGCGAUUUUCACUAUCACCGUUGAGGCCACCAAGAAAGACGAAAUGAGCACAGUAACUACUUCAAAGUUCCAUUUAGUAGAUUUGGCUGGUUCAGAACGUUCUAAAAAGACACAAGCUACAGGUGAUCGUUUUAAGGAGGGUGUUAAAAUAAAUCAGGGUCUUUUAACCCUGGGAAACGUAAUAUCGGCACUUGGUUCUGGUCAGGGUUCUGGUUUUGUCCGCUAUCGGGACUCCAAAUUGACUCGCUUGUUGCAAGACUCCCUAGGCGGCAAUUCGAUCACUCUUAUGAUAGCCUGCGUCAGUCCGGCCGACUAUAAUGUUGCUGAGACUUUAAGUACCCUUCGCUAUGCAGACCGUGCACGUAAAAUUAAAAAUAAACCGAUCGUUAACCAAGAUCCACAUGCAGCCGAGAUUAAUCACCUCAAGAGUGUCAUACAAAAGUUACGUAUGGAACUGUUGGCCGCUAAUGGCGGAAGUAAUACAAUGAGCAGCUCCCUAAAUGGUGCAUUACAAAGCAUUGCACCGCCACCGGGAGGCGUUACGAAAGACAUUAUAAAUGCUAGUAGUGGGAUAGUUAAAAAAUACCAAAUACUCCAAGAGAAACACCACACUUUGCAACAACAGUUUCAGGCGACACUGCAUGAUGUAACUGAAUAUGAAAUGCGCGCUCACAUAACUGAGGAGGCGCAUGAGAAAUUGAAGCUGAAAAUGAACGAGUUGAAGAAUAUUGCAGUGGAGUUGGGAAACAACUACAAAGUGAAUGCACCUAUUGAAGAACAGGAAACCACUGCUAAACACAUUAAAGAACUGAAUCAAUUGGUGAAUGGACUGGACGGGGAGCUAGACCGUACCCAAAUGGAAAUAGAAAACCACAAAAGUGCCACGAUGAAUGGCAGCGCUGUCGGAGGAGAUGAUGAAGAUGGCACUCUAUUGGAAGUUCACUCGCAAAUGCAAGAGGAAGCUGAUGCAUACACCAGCAUUCAGAUGGACUACAAAGAACAGCUGCGUCGUAUUAAUCGAGAAUUAAACCUAAAAGAAGAACUUCACCAACGUGCUGCCGGUAACUUAGUUAAAUUUUGUACGCUGGAUGAUAAUACUGAGGAGAAAUUCAAAGAAUGUGAACAGAAAAUACACGAGUUGGAAGUUGAAAGAGAUCAGUUGUUGGAUAAAUUGCGUCAUGUGAAGGAAAACGCUUCCGCGAAAUUAGCUGAGGAACGCCGAAAACGAUUGCAAACACUUGAACACGAGAUCAGUGAUAUGAAACGGAAGAAUACGCAGCAGGCAAAAUUGUUGAAAGUGCGUGAAAAGGAGACACAAAAGAUGCAAAAUCUGCAUACCGAAAUACAGGCGAUGAAACAAUCAAAAGUGAAGUUAAUACGAGCAAUGCGUCAGGAAUCAGAAAACUUCCGUCAAUGGAAAAUGUCACGCGAGAAAGAGUUAAUACAGUUACGCAAUAAAGAUCGAAAGCUGAAGAACGAAAUGGCUCGAAAAGAGGCGUUGCAUACAAAGCAACGUAAUGUCUUGAAACAGAAGUGUGACGAAGCAUUAGCCGUUAAUAAACGCCUCAAAGAUGCCCUCGAUCGGCAGCGUGCCGCUCAGUCGCAAAGACAGAAAACGCAGUCAGCUAAAGAUGUGAAUACUGCAAGCAAUAAGAUUGAUCAGGUCGUUUCGUGGGUUGAACGUGAAUUAGAGGUAAUUGUUUCGUUCAUCGAUGCAGAACACUCCCUUGAACAGUUAAUGGAAGAUCGUGGCAUCAUUAGCAUUCGCAUUGAGGAACUAAGAAAACAACAACCCGAACCAGGUAGUAUAUCAGCUCAAGAUUUGUCUACGCUGCACGAAGAGCUCGAAAUGCGCAACGCGCAAAUUACCGAUUUGCAACAGAAAGUAUUCACUGUCGAUCUUGAAGUGCGCAUACGUUCCCUCGCCGAAGGCAUACAAAAUGUAUCCGAGUCACGUGCUGUGAUACGCAAGUUGCUUAAAUCGAUUUCGGAUAUGCGACGCGAACAUGCCAUUCGCUUGCAGGAACAAAAGAUAGCCUUGGAAGAACAAAAGGCGCUUCGUGAGGCAGCCGAGCAGACGAGUGUAGUAGCAGCGAAACGUAUUCGAUUGAUGGAGUUGGAGCAUGAGGAAGCAAUCGCCGAACGUGAGAAUACAUAUGAAGAGAAGAUUGCCGUUCUAUUGAGGGAGUUACAUAAUGCACCACAGCUGGCUGCGGGCUCGGGUGAAGCACUAACACCGGAACAAGAGGAGCGUUUGAAAAUACAAGAGGAACUAUUGAACAAAAUGGAUACAUUGCGGGAGGAAUUGGAAUACUAUAAAAAUUUGGUAAACGAAUUGCAACAAGCGGUGCAAGCAAAGGGUACACGCAAAAAAGAGGUUUUCAAGAAGCCAAAUAUAAAGCAAGAAACCAUUGAAAUCGAUAAAGAUGCCAUGCUUUCGGGUGAGUUGGACUCGGACGACUCUUGCGGUGAUCCGGACUGGGCAAAAACACCGGGGUACAAACGCCCACCCCGUUCAACUCGUGCCAGUAAGAACUCCAGCUCGGGAAAUGAUACAUUCGCAACAGCUACUAGUGAAUCUGAUAAAAAUUUUAAUACUACUGAGAGAAAGUCUGAGCGUUGCAAAUGUCGUAGGGAUUGCGAUACUAAACGUUGUGGGUGCUAUUCAUUAGGUAAAAAAUGUACCCAGAAAUGCCAAUGCGGUAAUGGUUGCAAAAAUGGCAAACAUGACACAGACAGCGACGAUAAAGAGAAUGGAGAAACGAUGCCUGUCGAUGGUAAUGACAAUAAUCAGCAAGAGUCCAACGAAAUACCCUCAGUUCGGACACCCACCAAAACGAAUGCUUCCGAAAGCAUUGAUGAACUCAAAUAUUCAGAAUCACCUUUUUUGAAGCCCAACGCUCCGUAUCUCACACCGAAAAUGGCCAGAUUGUCAACGAUUUCUUUCGAUUUGCCAUCCGCUAAAAAGAAAUUCUUCGAGUAAGGGCGUGCCAAUGAUCAUAUUCAUGCACUUAUAAUUCGGGAAGAACGAGUAACCGACUUUGGUUUAUUAAAUUUAGCUUCACUUGAGAUCUAUUCCGUAACUUUUAAUGAUUUUAUAUCUUCUCAUUCCUGCAUUUUUUGCAUCGUAAAAUAUACAUUUUAGAUUAUAUAAGUUUUAAGUCAUUGAUACUUUCCGCCAGUCACCUAAAAUGUGUGAGCUGUUGUAAUAGAAGACAACAAAAAUAAUUACGAUUACCAAAAAGCGUUGCCCGCUUUAGCCAAGAAAUAAAACAAACAAAAAAUUAUAUA